CCUCACAUCAACCCCAGCACUGCUCUAAAUGUCUGAGGAUGGAGGCAACCAUAUUGGUACGCUGAGGGAAAUCCCGGGCCGCAGGCCCUUUCGUGGCUUGCCAUCGAUGUCGAUUCUGGGCGUUCGGUCGGGAGAAUUCGACGGGCAAUAUUGGAAGUUCUUGUUAGUAUCGAGUCGCUUUGUUGACCCCGCGUCGCGCGACGUCUGCUGGACCCAUUUGGAUUCGAGGCUCAGUUCCUUGUGCUGCUACCUCCUGGGUAGGAUCGCAUUUGCCCAGACUCUUAGAUGGACGUGGCAUCUGGACGAUGGAAAUUCAAGCAAGGUAACGUUACAGAACUUUUUCACGAUUUCUACGUGAGUGGCAAUCUCCAAAAUUCUAGAACACAAAUGAGGUGUGCCGGCGUUGCUGCUACAUGCUUCGGCUACUUCCCCCUCCUACUUGCACAAGUAGGACUCGCACCAGAUGCGGUCACUCCAUACGCAAUUUCCGUGUGUCUUGCUUUGGCACGAACUCUCCGCUCCGUUUCCGCCAUUGAUUUCACAGCAGUUUCCGCCUCCCCCGUCCGAGCUGAUCCACGUUUCGCUGUUAUGAAUGUUAAUCGUUGCACCGCAAAGCGUAGCGGUCAUAGUUGGCCCAUAUGGAAUUCCCUGAUUGGAGAAUAUGCCUGCCGCCUUGUCACAGGUGUCUGUAUGAGCAAAAUAGUAAGCAGCAGCAGGUUCCAUUUCAGGCUUCGGUUCAUGGUUCGAGGGGAUGAUAACCCCAGUUUCGAAUGACCCUGAUCCAACACACUGGACUACGCCAGCAUGGAAGUCGGCUGCGACAAUGGGAAGGACCAAAGUGAUUGGUGCGAAAAUGCUCGAGAGUCGCAUUGUGAAUUU